ACUGAAGCUUAAUGAUGCAGAACACCGCAGAACGCUUUGAAUGAAGAUUUUAUGAGCGCUGAUCCUGUCUCCUCCUCACCCUCUCCUGAUCUGCAAUUUCCUCCCUCCCUUCCCUUCACCUCCCCUCUGUCUGUCAUACACGUGCAACUCGGAGAGAAGAUGGGAAGCUGUUUACGACCCCGGGCGCUGAUGUGUUUUGUCCUCCUUUAAUUCCUCCUUUCAUCUCGUUUUUAGUGGCACUGGGUCGAUAAACUCUUCAGGCCAGGCCGUCGGAAUUGUAUCAAAUCAACAUGAAUCGAUCAUUUACUGGACAAAAAGGGCAAGCAAAUGGUCGGAGUACAUGGAUCGCUUCUAAGUUCUCUGCGCGCAGGCGGUCUAGUGUGGCGCACCACGACGCGCGAGUGUAGCUGUGCGCACACCAGCGACCGUCGCUGAACUCAGCCACCUCUGCCAGAACCCAAAAGUCAUCCAGAUAUUUCUGUCGGCGCUUCUAAAAAAAAAAAUACAAUCCUGACAAAAACGCACAAAGACGCGAUUGGCAAGAUUUGGAUUCAAAAGCCAUCCGGAGGAAAAAAAGCAGCGAUGUUUUGUUUUGGAACGCUGAUCGGCUCUUACGCGUGGAUUUGACCGUAUCUGAUGUGACGAGGGACGGUGCGUUCGUACUCUUCCCAGCCUCUGUGGAAGCAGGUUGUCGGCUGUCAGCCCGCAGUUUCCUCGCCGCGCGUCCUUGGCGGAGCCGGAGCAGACUGACCCGCGGACGCAGAGGAAUGCGGAGCCGAAAUUUGGACUUUUCCAGAUUACCCGCGGAACUCUUCUCAGCUCACAUCAAACCGGUGAGCCCGCGGGGCGCCAUGCUGAGGCAGAUCCUCCUAAACUCCACUGACGCCUCUGACUUUAACCUGGCGCUCAUGGCCCAGUCCACCACGCACGCCCCCUCCACCCUGAACGCCUCCCACGGCGGCUCGGUGAGCGUGGCCGCCCUUCUGAGACCCACCGCCGGCAGAGGGAGCGGAGGGCUCCGGGAGGGGGAGCUCCACAAACCUGACCUGAUCACCUACAUAAUCAUGUGCCUGCUGCUUUUUCUGCUCGUGCUGCUCAUCGUGUUCUUCAUCAACUGCCAGCUGCGGAACUCUUUCUUCGCCUCCAUGCCAUAUGACAGGUCACUGAGAGAGGCCCGGACCUCCUACAAGUGAACCCCAACCGACCGAAACCUCUGGAUUUGAGUGAGACUCCAGCUGGAGGGGUCUGAGUGUUUCCCUGAACUAAUGGCACAGGGCAGUAGAAGUGUUUGGAUCUACAUUCUGGAAUCCAAUACUGGCACAUGUUCCAUACCCCCUCCCCACCUCCCCCUCACACAAGUCAACAAGCGUUUGAAAUUACUCAGGCAGGUGGAAAGAUAACAGAGUGAUUCCAGAUUUAAUUAGAAAGUCAUAUUUUCUGGAAGUCUAAAUGUUGCCCGAAUUGUGAAACAAUCCGUCAUCUGCCGUGAUCCACCUGCACUCCCAACCAGCCGGAAACAUAUUUACGCUCGUAUCCUCUGAGCUUGUGCUAAGUCAUCUAACAGCUAACAAAUCUGACCCGGGCCCUGCAGCUUGGAUCACUGUACUAGUAACUGUCUCUGUUUUUCCUCAUGAAAGCAGGACUCUCUAUAUAUGUCAACACAAAAACUACAGUUCAAGUCUGUAUAUAGAAUAUUUUGUAAGGCUGUUAUGUGACUGUCUUGUCUAAGAACAACCACUGCAGGAUUUCCAGUCUUUUGCUAAUCAUGAGAUGAUUGACUGACCGGUUGUAGGGACUGUAUAUGAUUGCAUAAAGUUACUUGAA